AGCGCGCGGGAACCCGCGCCUGGCUGCUGGGCGGUGGCACCGGAGGGACCCCGAGCUGCAGGGUUUCUGGGGCGCCAUGAGCUGCAUCAACCUGCCCACCGUGCUUCCCGGCUCCCCCAGCAAGACCCGGGGGCAGAUUCAGGUGAUUCUAGGACCCAUGUUCUCAGGAAAAAGUACGGAGCUGAUGCGAAGGGUCCGCCGCUUCCAGGUUGCCCAGUACAAGUGCUUGGUGAUCAAGUACGCCAAGGACACGCGGUACAGCAGCAGCUUCUCCACGCACGACCGGAACACCAUGGAGGCACUGCCAGCCAACCUGCUCCGGGAUGUGGCUCAGGAGGCCCUAGGGGUGGCUGUCAUAGGCAUCGACGAAGGGCAGUUUUUCCCAGACAUCGUGGAGUUCAGCGAGACUAUGGCUAACGCGGGGAAGACCGUGAUCGUGGCCGCACUGGACGGGACCUUCCAGAGGAAGGCCUUUGGGACCAUCCUGAACCUGGUGCCCCUGGCGGAGAGCGUGGUGAAGCUGACGGCGGUGUGCAUGGAGUGCUUCCGGGAGGCGGCGUACACCAAGCGGCUAGGCUCGGAGAAAGAGGUAGCGCCCACCUGCCUGCCCGGGGGCGCGGGGUGGGGAGAGGCCGGCAGGCGCCGGGCUCCGCCUCAGUCCGCGCCCUCUGCGUCCCGCGGCCAGGUGGAGGUGAUCGGAGGAGCGGACAAAUACCACUCCGUGUGCCGCCUCUGCUACUUCAAGAAGGCCGCGGGUCUGCCCGCCGCGCCGGACGGCAAGGAGAACAAGGAGAACUGCCCGGUGCCGGUGCCCGCAAGGCCCGCGGAGGCGGCGGGAGCCCGGAAGCUCUUCGCGCCGCACCAGGUCCUGCAGUGCAGCCCGGCCAACUGAGGCUCGCGGGCCCGCGCCGCCCCCUGCCGGCCGCCCGCCCCGCCCCCUGCCGGC